AUGCAUGGUUACCUCCGUCUGUUUGGAUGUGCCUCUUCUCCCGUACAGAAACUCCCCAACGAGAUUCUCGGUCUCGUCUUCACGUCCUCUGCGCCAGCAGAACCGCAUGAUACCUCGAACUCCCUGCGGGCUGCCGUCACGCUAUCCCAUGUCUGCCGCCACUGGCGACGACUGGCGCUCUCUCGUUCCGAGCUCUGGUCCUCAAUAUACCUCCACUUGCCUCUCAGCGACGCACAAGUGGACCGCGCCGGCGCAUGUCUCCUACGCUCGCGCACACGACCUCUCAACGUCGUGAUGGACCUGGCAGAUCUGUCCGACGACGAGGACGAGGAUCCGCACGGUAUCACACAGGAACAGAUGGAAACGCUCUGCCGCGUCUUACUCCCGCACGCAUCACGGUGGCGUCGUAUCAAGCUCGUGACGGACGACUGGGCGCCAAUGCAUCUCUUCCUCCGACAUCUUAUCUCCAUCCGCUCGCUCCCACUGCUCGAAACGGUCGAGCUUCGACGAUGCAACGAGGGCCUCGCGCUCGACGGCGCAGCCUUCUCUCCAGAUACGGUCUCAUUGAGAGAGCCGGUCGCGCUCUUCGACGAAUCGCAAACAGGGUUGGAAGCUUCCCGCGCGCUGCGGAGUCUACAGCUAUUUGGCGUACAUGUGAACUGGCGGUCGCUCGACGUCAGGGGCUUGAGAGAGCUC